AUGCCAACGUGGUCUACGCCAAGGGGACCGUUGUGCCCAUUUUUAUUUAUCCUUGCCAUAGAGGGUCUAACCCGGAUCAUAAGACGGGCUACUUACUUGGGCGUUUUUAAUGGAAUUCGGGUGGGUGGAACAGGUCCUAUGCUCUCCCAUUUUAUGUAUGCGGAUGAUGUGGUGUUUUGUGGGGAGUGGUCGAAGGGGAAUUCGAAUGCGCUGAAUUUAAGACGGUUAUUGCGGGGUUUCUAUUUGAUUUCUGGCUUGAGGAUUAGUUCAAGGAAAAUCCGCUUUUAUGGUGUUGGUGUGAAUGACAAUGAAAUCGCUGAGAUGGCUUCGGAUUUGCGAGUGGCGUCAGGUCAUUUUCCUUUCACCCAUCUUGGUGUUCCCAUUGCGUCUAAUAUGAACCUCGUUAGAAGUUGGGAUCCGGUUUUAGAAAAGGUUCGAAAGAGGUUGUUUUCUUGGAAAUCUAAGUGUCUUUCUUAUGGGGGUAGGAUAACGCUCCUAAAAUCGGUUUUAAGUUCGCUCCCUUUGUAUUAUUUUUCUCUAUUUCGGGCUCUCGUUCAAGUAAUAAACAACUUGGAGAAAUUACGCCGCAACUUCUUUUGGGGUGGUACGGUUGAGGUGGACAAAAUGAGUUGGUUGGCUUGGGAUAAAGUUGUCGCUCCAGUUGAAUAUGGGGGUAUUGGGUUAGGUUCUCUUCGAGACGCGAACUUGAGCUUGUUGUCAAAGUGGUGGUGGCGAUUUAAAACGAGUUGCGACUCACUAUGGCGUAAGGUAGUGUGGUCUAUACAUGGCAGUGGUCGGGGAUGGACUAAUAUUCCAGUCAAGAUUUCUAUAGGGAGUGCUUGGAAGCAAAUAGCUAGUGUACCAAGUUUGCUUCCAUUUGGAUCGGAUAAAGCCAUCAAAGCUAAUCUUCGGAAUGGGUCGACUAUUUUUUUCUGGUACGAUUGGUGGCUAUCGGAUGAUGUGUUGCAUAAAAAGUUUCCUCUACUUUUUGCAUUGGAAAAGAAUAAAGCUUGCUUGGUUUCGGAUCGGUUGCCAAGUUCUUCACAGCACUCGAAUUUUAAUGGUGCAUGGAGGAGAUUAGAUUUUUCAAAUGAAGAACAAUAUGAGCUUGAUAACCUGAUGCUUCUUUUGAUUGGUGUGACAACCUCCUUUGGUAUUGAUACUUGGUCUUGGACAGUGGGUAGCUCGAAUGAUUCUCAGUAA